AUGCUCGUGGUUGUGCUUCUAGGACUAUUAGCAUGCGAAGGCAUGGCUUCGUUUAAAUUCGUAAGAGAUUACGAUACAGAAACCGGCAUUUUCAAUGGACGAGGUUAUGAUAGUGAUUUCAUGUCCUUAAACAGAGAUAAGGAAUAUAUAUUUAAAAGAAGAGAAGUAAUGGACAGAGAAUUAACAAGCAUUAGUAGGCAAAAGGAGGCGCUUGAAAGAAGACUGGAAUACCUUUACGGGCAUAUUGAGCAUCUUGAUAGAGAAAUAGAAAGGAUCGAUAAUGAGAUAGAAAAUCUAGGCCCAAUCGACGACUAUUCAAGUUAUGACGGUCAAAGAACAGCAGACAAUGAAUAUACUUUGAUUAUGUCAUUGCCGGGGUAUAGAGAAGAAGAAAUUACUUUAAAUGCACGCAAAGGUCUGCUGGAAAUAAAUGCUUUUCAUGUUCCACUUGACGGACCAUUAGUUAAUUAUACAUUUGUUAAGCCACUACCGGACAACGUGGACCCAAAUGGAUAUUGGUCAUAUAGUGGAGGUGUUUUACGAGUUAAUAAUUGUUUUAAAUGA